CGGCCCCAUUGUCUGGGCGCGGAGGCGGAGGGACGGGAGCGGCGGCUGCCGCUGGCACGGAGGCUCUGCGGAGCCAGCCCCGGCCAUGGCCCCCGCACCGGCCCCGGUACCGGCUCCGGUACCGGCCCCGGGGACGCGGCUGGCGCUGCUGGCCGCCGCCCUGCUCUGCGCAUCAGCGAGGGGCGAUGGGGACCCCUCUGACCCCGUGUACCUACCGGCGGAUCUGGAGGUGCUGGGGGUGCCUGAGUAUUACCGGCUGCAGCGGGCGGACCAGGACGUGCCCCCCAACGCGUCCCUGCACGCCCACACUGCGACCUUCCUGCUGCUGCGGCACGGCCCCCCCGCGCACCCCCUCGUGCGGGCCACCUACCCCCCCUUCAGCACCCGCCAGGAGUUGCCCACGGAGCACCCCCCGGGGAGGGACGGCCCCUCGGCAGCGUGGGCCAUCCGCGCCGUGUCCCUCGAGAGCGCCGUGUCCCCCAACGAGCCCGUCGCCCGCGUCCUUUUCCAUCUGCAGGGUCCCGACUGGCUGCUGGGGCAGCGGGACCACCCCCGGGACCACCUUGGGGUGCAGGAGCACCCUGGGGAGCAGCCUAGACAAGGGGAGCACCCAAGGAAGCGUGACCACCCUGGGCAGUGGGACCACCAUGGGGUGCGGGACCACCUUGGGCAACGGGAGCACCCCAGGGAGCACCCCAGGGAUCGGGACCACCCUGGGGUGCGGGACAACCCCGAGGAGCGGGACCUCCCCUGCGUCGCCCUCCAUGCGCACCACCGUGGCCGGGUGGCCCGUGGGACAUGUCGCCUGCAGGCACCCCUGGGCGUCUGCGUGGUGGAGCUGGAGAUCCCCCCGCGCUGGUUCUCCCCAUCCCCACGGGCAGCCGAUGCCCCCGGGGAGCCCCCCGAGCCCGUUGAGCUGCACUACAGUGUGGUGGGGCCGGGGGAGUGCGGCGGUGGGGGGGGCCGGGAGCGGAGCCGCCGCGGAGGGGACGCACCCCAGUACCUGGGGGCUCUGGAGCUGCGGGCAACCGAGCCGGCAAGGCGACAGGAGGUUCGGCUGGAUGACAAGGUGCUGCUGCGGGUCCCCGAUGCCACCUUGCGCCCAGGACAACGCUUCACCGCCACCCUCGCCCUGCAGAACAACUUCACCGCCGACCAGCUGACGCUGCGGAUCAAGGCGAAGAAGGGGCUGCAGGUGGUGGCCGCCCGCCCCGGUGUGCCCAGCGCCUGGAGUGCCCAGCUGGAGCGCACGCGGGGUCCCAAGCACUCCACGGCUGUGGUGACGUGUCGGCGCAGCGGGGACAACCGCGGUGGAUGGAGGGUGGCCGACUCGGCCACGUUCCUGCACCUGGAGCUGGCGGUGGAGAACGGGACGGGGGGGCUGGCGCCGGGGGGGCUGGCGCGGCCCCUCACCUGGCAGGUGGAGUACCCGGGCCAGGACCCCGAGGCCCAGAAGGACAAACUGGUUUGGGAGAUCCAGGUGUCGGAGCGGGACGUCCGCGCCCUCGUCCCCCUCGUACAGGAGCUGGAGAUCCUGAAUACCGCCCUGCUGACCGGGGUCCCCCGUUCCGUACCGGUCAAACUGGUGAUGGUAGAGGCGGGGGGCGGUGUGACUGAGCUCCCCGAGCCGCCGGGCUGCGAGUCGGCCGACAAACAGGUGCUGCAGGUUUCGGAUGCCUGCGACGCCGUGUUCGUGGGGGGCAAGGAGAGCCGUGGGGCGCGGGGGGCGCGGGUGGAUUUUUGGUCACGGCGCCUGCACGCUUCGCUGCGCUUCACCGUCUGGGCGCCGCUGCUGCCGCUGCGUGUCCAGCUGGGUGACACCGCGCUGGAGCAGGUGCGGGGCUGGCGGCUGCCCGGUGGCCCCGACAGUGUCCCGGCGGAGGCGGAUGAGCCCGGGGAGGACGGUGAUCGGCGGGCGCGGAGCUGCCGCCCUCAGUACCAGCGCACGGCGCUGAGGGUCCUGGCGCACUUUGUCGCCCACCCCCUGGACGGUGGCCGUCACCUCGCCUACCUGCCCGGUCCCCAGUGGCUCCUGGAUGUCACCCACCUGGUGGCCAGCCGGACCCGGGUGCAGGACCCCCGGGUGGCCACACUGGAGGGGGACACUGUGAUUGGCCGGGAGCCAGGGGUUACCUCGGUGGAGGUCCGCUCCCCACUCUCUGACUCCAUCCUGGGGGAGCAGAUGCUGGUGGUGUCGGAGGAGAAGGUGACAGUGACAGCGCUGCAUCCCCAGCUGGUGGCCGGGCUGUCCCUGACGCUGCGCCCAGAGCCAGGUCACCCUGGUGUUGUCACCGCUACCACCUUGGGGACAACCAUCCUGCGUGCCCCCAAGCAGGAGGCGACACUGUCCGUCUGGCUGUCCUUCUCUGACCGCACGCUGGCGCCGCUGGAGCUGUAUGGGCAGGACGCAGCCUUGAUCUUGACCUCGCUUGACCCUGCUGUGGUCACCGUGUCACCCGCUGUCCCCGCCGCCCGCCCGCGGGUGGUGGCAGAGGGCGCGGGGCGGGGGGCUCUGCUGCAGCUCAGCCUGCACCCCCCGGACGCUUGUCGCCGCGGCCGGCACCGCGUGGGCGCGUUGGCCACAGCCACCACCUGGCUCGAGGUGGGGGACAACCGGCGUGUCCCCACGCCCCGCGGCGGCCGCCCCCCCCGGCCCAGCCCACCCUUCCCACGCGCCGAGGGGGCCAUGUCGGGGGAGGCGGUGACGGUGGCCACCGAGCCGCGGCGGAGGGUCCCCGCUGGUGUGGGACCUUCCUCCACCAAGCUCCAAGGGUUGGGGUCCUCCUCCGAGGAAGAGGAGGAGGGAGAGGAAGGUUACGGCCACGGCCACGCCACCGGGGACGAAGAGGAGGAGGAGGAUGAGAUGGUGAAGGCUCCGCAGCGGGUGACUGACCUGGAGAUCGGCAUGUACGUCCUGCUGGGGGUCUUCUGCCUCGCCAUCUUCAUCUUCCUCAUCAACUGCAUCUUCUUCGUCCUGCGCUACCAGCAGAAGGAGCUGCCGGACGCCGGGGCCACCUCCCCGGCCCCCCAGCCCCACAACUGGGUUUGGCUGGGCACUGACCAGGAGGAGCUGAGCCGGCAACUGGACCGGCGGCAGCCCGAGCCCCCGGCCGCCCCCGCCGCGGCCACCGACACCGGGCGCUGCUGCUGCGACGCCCCCAACGCCAACACCGCGCCGGGUGACCAAGUGGGUGUCCCCCCCGCUGGCACCGCCACGCCACACAAAGACACCCCGGGGGGCGGCGGGAGGAGGAAGCGGGUGGAAUUUGUCACCUUCGCCCCACCCCGCGUCCCUGAGGAGCCCCCCCAGCCUGUCCCCAACGUCCAGUCCAUCCUGGUGGCUGGUGACGAUGACAUUCGCUGGGUGUGCGAGGACAUGGGGCUGCGGGACCCCGAGGAGCUCCGCAGCUACAUGGAGAGGAUUCGGGGCAGCUCCUGACCCCCAGGGGGGGCAGCCCCCAGCCCUCCCAAACCAGUAAGGGACCCACCUCCUCCUCAUGUCACCUCGGGAGGGGACAUGUCCCCCAUUCCCCAGGACCGCUGCACAUCCCUCUUGGUGGCCUGAGCCACCUGAGGGACCAGCCCCACAUGGUGGGGGGGUCUCCACCCAGCUCGGGGUCCACACCAGCCCCCCCCAAACCUCGGUGACAUCGGUGUCCCUACUGCUCGGGGUCUCAUUGCGACAUUGUGUUCAUAGUGAUGAUGAUGAUGGUGACGAGUCCUGUGGUCUGAUCCCGGGGAGGGGCCUGUGCCCCCCCCACAUCACCGUUUUGUACGACUGACAUUUUCUACGUCCCGCCGCGGGGGGGGCGGCCGCCGGGGGCUGCUAUUUAUGGCAGGUUUUUAAAAUUCUGA